AUGGGAGGUAGGGGAAUGCGGGCGCAAGGCCGCGCCGGCCGCGGCAGCUCACAGGCGAUCGCUCGCGAGGUGGUGGCUGGAUGGCCAGCGGCGGCUACUUUCUCCGACGCUGGGCGUGGAUGGGCCGAUUACCAGAGUUCCGUUCUACACACGCUUGCCCCGCCCGAGCUCCCGCUCGUGUUCGCUUACAGCGACGGCCAUGGCGAUUGGGGAGGCGGCGGGAUGCUGCACGGAGGACACGGAGCGCUCGGGCCGGGCAACAGCGCUCAAGGCGGUGAUGGUCGCGUGCCGGAGACAAUGCAUCACGGUGAAAGCCUCGACUGGGGAGGCCGCGGAGUGCCUGGCCGGGGAGAAAGCAGUGGUCUCGCUGGGGGAGUCGAAUUGCCCGGAGGCGAUUUGGGAGGCGGCGGGAUGCUGCAUCACGGCGGAAGCCUCGACUGGGGAGUCCGCGGAGUGGCUGGUCUCGCCGGGGGAGUCGAAUUGCGACACGAUCACAGCCCUAGAGGCGAUGGCGGGAUGCUGCGUGGAGGAUCUGGAGGGCCUGGGGUGCCCAGCAGCGCGAAAGCGAUCGAGACAGAGGAAGAUUUCGAAAGGAAGCAAAGGGGGCUCAUUAUCUGGCAAGCACUAGUUGAAUCGUUCAUGGGUCACGGCCAGGGAAGCGAUGGCAGAGAAAGCAGGAUUCCUGGUCUGGUGCUGGGCAGCAACUCGUCGUCUUCGUCCCCCAGCCGCCAGAUCGUCCAGGCAAUCGCCGGGGAGCCGCUCUCCGCGGCCUCGGGCAAGGGGACGCAGUGCGAGGCGGGCAGCAGCGGUGGCGGUGACGGCGGUCGCGGUGGCGAUGACGGUGGUCGCGGUGGCGGGGGACGCGGCCCCGGUGGUCGCGGUCCCGGUGGCGAUGACGGUGGUCGCGGUGGCGGGGGACGCGGCCCCGGUGGUCGCGGUCCCGGUGGCGGUGCCAGACACGAAGAAGCAAGGAAACGCAAAGCCCGACAAAUGAUGCGAGAACUUGCAAGUUCCUGUUUUCAGUAG